AAUCUUUAGGUUCAGAAUAAUAUAAUCAAUCCUACCUACCUAUUAAUAAAUAUUACAUACUACCAAGUCCAUCUCUUGUUAUAACGUAUCGUACCGGCGCAAUGUCUGUCGAAGUACUUACAACCAUCUCGCCCACUACAAACGAGCCGAUAUUGACUCGCAAUGGCGUCACACCAGUUGAGUUGGAAGAGAUUCCAAAGAUUGCUGUAGAGAAGUUCCAAAGCUGGCGACAGACCUCCUUGAAAGAUCGCCAGGCCAUAGUUAAGAAAGCAUUGCAGCUACUGGAGAAGAAAAAGGACGACCUCGCCCAAGAACUUACUGUCCAAAUGGGACGACCGAUCGCUUAUACAGGCGCUGAAAUCGCGACGGCCGUUAAACGCGCAAAUUACCUCGUCAAGAUCAGUGAAGAUACGCUGAAGGACACCGAUGGUGAACCCGAGAAGGGCUUCAAACGAUUCAUUCGGAAGGUCCCUGUCGGCCCUGUCCUUAUAAUCUUCGCCUGGAACUACCCUUACCUGAUCCUAGUAAACUCACUCAUCCCGGCUUUACUUGCUGGUAAUACUGUCAUUCUUAAGCCUUCCCCGCAAACACCCACGAUAGUAGAGCAGGUCGCCAAGGCCUUUGCCGAGGCGGGUCUACCUGCUGGUGUCUUGCAGUAUUUCCACUGCGGGUCGCCGAUGAUCAUGGAGACCUUGGUACGGGAUCCCAAGAUUCCUCUCAUCUGCUUUACCGGCUCGGUUGCAGGAGGCUUGGCGGUGCAAAAGGCUGCCGCCGAUCGCAUCGUCAACGUUGGCCUAGAGCUCGGCGGCAAAGACCCGGCAUACGUGAGGGGGGACGUAGAUCUAGACUGGGCAGCUGCUGAGAUCGUCGAUGGCUCGAUUUUUAAUUCUGGACAGAGCUGCUGCGCUAUCGAACGUGUUUACGUCGACGAGAAGAUUUACAAUGCGUUCAUCGAGUCUGUGCAAAAGGUUCUGAAGGACUACAAGGUCGGUGAUCCUCUCGAUAAAGAGACCCAGAUUGGACCGGUCAUCUCGAAGAAAUCUAAAGAGACUAUCGAGUCUCAUAUCCAGGAUGCUCUAAGCAAAGGCGCAAAAGAUGCAACACCGGAGAACCCCACGUUCUCUAGUCUCCCACAGAAAGGAAACUUUGUGAAGCCCACUCUCCUCGUUGACGUCAACCACAGCAUGACAGUGAUGACGGAAGAGACGUUCGGACCAGUUAUUUCCGUCAUGAGAGUCAAGUCGGAUGAAGAGGCUGUGGCGCUGAUGAAUGACAGCCAAUUUGGGCUUACAGCCAGUAUAUGGACCAAGGAUACGACCAGGGGCUAUGAGUUGGCGGAGCAAGUUGAGGCGGGAACCGUCUUUGUCAACCGUGCAGACUACCCCAGCCCUGAUCUGGCGUGGACGGGAUGGAAAAACUCGGGUAAGGGCGUGACUCUAAGUAGAUUCGGGUUCGACCAAUUCGUGAAGCUAAAGAGCUUCCAUCUGAAGGACUAUCCAAAGUAAAAAAAAAAUUAAAUAUAAAUGUAAAUAUAAAAGUAAAAAGAUAGAAUAGAAAAUGCAAUUCAAUACAUUGGUUAUAUUAUUAC